GGACGUUCCAACUUCCAGCCUCGCUGUUCAGUACCUUCCAGACCUGUGAAGUGAUUGUGUUGUUCACCGCUGCUCCUCCUGCCUUCACUACACUGUGUCUGUGUACUGAUACUUGAGAUGUUGAAAUGAUGAUUCUCAGAGCUGGAAGGUCGCGCUUGUGUCAUGAACAUUUAGUUUCAGUUAUCUAACAAUAGAACUAGUCACUGGACGAAAAUAUUUCUCAAGAGAUAAUAUUGAGAGAGUCGGUGAGUGUGUGUAGUUAUCUUUUAGCAAAAAUAAACAAGAGUACUUGAAAGACAGUUUUCUAGCUGGGUAUUGUUUCUCGUGAGACGAGAAUCGCUGCUUCACCUUGGACAGCUUCUUGCCGAUCAGAUUCCAUCACUGGGUGUUUCAGACCUACCGAUUCGCCGGCGAAAUCGUUUCUGGACCGUCUUCUGUCCACUCUGUCAUCAUCCACCGUCCUUCACGCCCUCUCUUGGCUUUCAAGGUUCCCCACUGUCAUCCACAGUGUUGUGGUGCUCCUGGUUCAUCCAGCCGUGACGCCCCUCUCCACUACCGCUCAGUCAUGUUCACCGCUGCUGCUGUUUCUGGAAUCUCAUUCCAAUUAUUUUGAUCGAGACCUGCCUAAACCCACCACCAGCGACCCACCGCCCACAGCGCACAAUCAACAACCCACCACCAGCAACCCACCGCCCACAACGCACAAUCAACAACCCACCACCAGCAACUCAACGCCCACAACCCACAAUCAACAACUCGCUACCUAUUCCUGUCCACGGCUGUUGCUCUCCCUGGUGCCUCUUUCCAGUUAUUCUGAAUUGUGACUGCGAGGCUGCUGUCACCUGGAGAGGGAGAGAAGCCGGUGCUUGUGGAAGCAGUGUGUGGAGGUGCUGUGGAGGAGUGGUGGGGGUGUGUAGUGUGUGCGUGGCCCUCCAUCAUGAAGGCGGGGAGGUGUCUCCUGUUGCUGGCGCUGUUGGUGCUGCUCACGGCGCCCCUGAUGCUCGCUGACGACAGGAAGCGCGUCAGGAAGAACAGAGAAAGAGCUGGUGAUGAAAACUUCCACAAGAGCCGCAAACAGCAGUACAAGAAGGCCAAGAAGGGUUCUUCCUACGACACAGUACCUUUCAUCGAUAAGGAAGAUAAGACGUUCUGGCGGAAGGAGGCGCAGAAGGAGCUGGAGACGCAGUUGGGGGUGAGGCCGAGGGUGACACAAGCCAAGAACGUCAUCCUCUUCCUGGGUGAUGGCAUGUCUGUGGCCACCGUCACUGCCGCCAGGAUCAUGAAGGGGCAAAAGACGGGCAAGUGGGAGCACCAGGACCUGGCUUGGGAAACCUUCCCAUACUCCGCUAUCAUUAAGACUUACACUGCAGACAGCCAGGUGGCUGACAGCGCCGCCAGCGCCACUGCCUACCUCUGCGGCGUGAAGAACAACCGUGGCACUAUAGGUGUAGAUGUUAAUGUCAACAGAGAGAACUGCUCAGCCCAGCACGACCCAACCUUCCAUACACACUCCAUCGCUAAGUGGUUCCAGAUCACGGCCGACGGGCUGGAUGCUGAACAUUGUGACGACAUCGCUGAACAACUCAUCCUCAACGAACCAGGACGAAACUUUAAGGUUAUCAUGGGUGGUGGUCGUCGUGUACUGACGCCCAGCGACGUGCUUGACGUGGAGGAGAGCCGGUACGGCUUCAGAAAGGAUGGCAAGAACCUUAUCAACAUGUGGAUAGACGACAAGGCUAGUAGAGGGGUGCGAGCCUCGUACGUCUGGAACAGGGACGACCUCCUGGCCCUCGACACCUCCAAAACUGACUACCUCCUAGGACUGUUUGGCUACAGUCAUAUGGACUACGUGGUGGAGCGGGACAGUGCCAUGGACCCCAGCCUGCCGGAGAUGACCAAGGCUGCUCUUGAGGUCCUACAGAAAGACCCAAAUGGGUACUUCCUCCUCGUUGAAGGCGGCCUGAUCGACUUGGGUCAUCAUGGGAACAAGGUGCAGAAGGCACUGUCGGAGACCGUGGAAAUGGCGGAGGCGGUGCAGGUGGCAGUGUCCAUGACAAGCCAAGAGGACACACUGGUGGUGGUGACAGCUGACCAUGGUCACUCACUCACCAUCAAUGGUUAUCCCACUAGACACACUGAUAUCCUUGGCAUCGGCGACAUUAGUAGCGAAGAUUUCUUGCCCUAUACCACACUACUUUACGGGAACGGUCCAGGUUUCCAGCCGCAGGUCAACGGCCAUAGACCAGAUGUGUCCAAAGAUGAUCUGAUGGAUGUCAACUACCGCCAUGCUGCCUCUGUGCCUCUCGACUCUGCUGCCCACACUGGUGACGAUGUUGGUCUGUACGCCAUAGGGCCUCAUGCCCACCUCUUCACAGGUGUCCAUGAACAGAGCUACAUUCCCUACGCCCUUGCCUAUGCUGCCUGCGUCGGGGACGGCCUCACUUUCUGCGGUAGCAACCGCUUCCGAAGAAACCAUGGUCUACUGCCAAGCAACAGAGGGCAAAGCAAAUUGCGGCAGCGGGGAUGAUGAUUACUUACUAAAAAAGGCAAUCCCUGAUUGGUAAGGGAGGCACCAUAGAUGCUUCCUAUUUCUGAGACAGCUGCAGGUGGACGA